AUGGCCUUCGACCAUUAUGUAGCCAUCUGUAGCCCACUGCUCUACAUGGUUGUGUUUGAGAAACAAAGUGAAAAAUGCCUUCAGACAAGUGAUAUACAGGAAAAUAGUUCAACAAGAAAGGACAUGAAACGAACCCUCUUACAAUCUAUUGCUCUCAAGAUGCUCGCAGUCUUUUUUCUGGAGGUGAGAACUAUUUCCUUGAUAGAAUGUACCAUUCAGAUUUAUCACUUUGUGGCCUGUGUAACCAUAGAGGGUUACCUCCUGGUGGUCAUGGCAUACGAUUGCUUCACGGCAAUCUGCAACCCUCUGGUCUAUACGGUUGUUAUGUCCCCCAGAGUUUGCACUCAGCUCAUUCUUUGUUCAUAUCUCAUUGGUUUUCUCCAGGGACUCAUUCAGGUGCUGCUAAUAUUUCAUCUGCCAUUUUGCAAGUCAAAUAUCAUCAAUCAUUUCUUCUGUGAUCUCUCCCCAAUAUUAAAAUUAUUGUGCAGUAACACCUUCCCCAGUGAGGUCUUGCUUUUCAGCCUGGGGCUUUUCAAUGGAACUGUCACCUCUCUGGAAAUUGUGGUGUAUUACGUAUAUAUCCUCAUCACGACCCUGAAGAUUCGCUCUGCAACAGGGAGAUGCAAGGCCUUCUCCACCUGUGUCUCACACCUAACGGUGGUUGGCUCAUUAUACGGGACCACCAUCUUCAUAUACAUUCGGCCCAGUUCACAGUACACACCAGAAAAUGACAAAGUGGGUUUUCAUGUUUUCAUACUCCUGUGA